AUGGGUGGUCAAGACAGAGCAGGUGGCAAGGCCAAGCCUUUGAAGGCACCGAAGAAGGGCCCCAAAGCUGAGAUGGACGACGAAGAUAAGGCAUUCCAAGAGAAGCAGAAGGCUGAUGCAAAGGCCAAGGCUGAGCUCGCAGCAAAAGCCAAGGGAAGCAAGGGACCUCUCAACACUGGUGCACAGGGUAUCAAGAAGAGUGGAAAGAAAUAA